UAACUAGAACACAAUUUCUAACUAAUUUUGUAUGCUUAUUAAAAUAGUAAACAUUUUGAAAAUUUUUUUUUGGCUUAUAUUAAUUCUGAUUACGUGUUGACCAAGUGAGAGAGUUUUGAUGAUUUCAGAUGCAAUUCAAUCUUGUAGCACAAUUUGCCCCACUGUACUUAGAGAUUGUUACUCUGAAGAAGCUAAAAACAUCUGUUGUUAGUAAACAAUCAUUACACAUGAUACCGUUAUGUACUCUCUGUUUCACACACACACACUGCGCCGAUGCAACCAAGCCUCUUUAUAUACAACGGUUCAUGCACAAAAUCGAUUUCGCUGCAGAAGAGGAUUAAAAUAAGACAUCAAAACAUGAAAUAAAGUGCAGCUGAAGAAGCAAGUACACAGCCAAUGCAUCUAACAUUAGUGUGCGUUGGUUGAGAUUGCAUUGAAAAUGCUUAUUAUAUAAGUGCUUUUAUUAGAAAGACAUAUUACGGUGCAGUUGCAAUUUGCAUUUUUCUUCCUGGAAUAAGACGAUCCAAAAUGAAUUACUUAACUAAGUUUUCCCAUCCAAAGAGAUUCCGUUGGAAAUGGUACAGUACCGGUCAUACAGAGAAUUCUACACAAACUGCGAGAGUGGUGAUUGCCGGGGCAGGAUUAGUGGGCAAUUCGGUGGCUUAUCAUUUAACCGAGAAUGGAUGGAAUAACGUGGUAGUAUUGGAUCAACACAAGAUAGGAAGUGGUACGUCGGAUUUCGGAUCGGGAACUAUAGGACUAUUCAAGCCUACUCCAGAACGUAACAUUAUUAUGGAAAGUGUAAAACUGUACGAACGGUUGCAACAUGCUGGUCACAACGUGGGGCUACAAAAAUGUGGCAGCCUUAACCUAGCACAAACGCACGACCGAGUGAUAGCAUUCAAGCGAAGAAUUGCUUACAAUGUGCCGACAGGUUUAUUCUGUGAAUUUAUUGGUGCGGAAACUGCAAAGCAGUUACAUCCGCUCCUGAAUGUGGACGAUAUUCAAGGAGCCGUACACGUACCUGAUGAUUGCAUUGCAGAUCCAGCAUUGGUUUUGAACGUGCUCGUUAGUUUAUCUAAGCAAAAAGGAGUCAAAUAUUUUGAGGGAUGCGAAGUUAAGUGGAUCAAUACUAUAGGAGGUCGUGUUGAUAGUGUGGAAACAGAUAUUGGAACAAUAAAAUGUGAAUAUUUCAUCAACUGCAGUGGUAUGUGGGCUCGCGAAUUGGGGUUGAGGAGUAGAAAACCAGUAUGUAUUCCAGCUUAUCCCGCACAGCAUUUUUAUGCACUUUCAACUAACUUAAACCUGGCGACUGAUAGUCUUCUACCAUGCAUUCGUGACUACGAUUCUAACAUGUAUGCUAGACAGUAUGGCGGGGAAAUGUUGGUAGGUUGGUUUGAAAAAGAAGCAAUACCUGCCUUCGAAAACAAGAAAGACAUACCUAAAGGCUGGAAAGCUUAUUUAUCGCAAAACAUGCCAAAUCAUUGCACACCAUUAUGGGAAAAAGCAAUAGAUCGCAUGCCUGCGCUGAAAACCACAACCAAUCCAAAGAUUACUAAUAGUCCAGAUAAUUUCACUCCAGACGGGCGAUUAAUUUUUGGAGAAACAGCUGAAGUUAAGAAUUACUAUGUCGCCUGUGGUCUUAAUGGAAAUCCUUUGCAAGGAUCUGGUGGUGUUGGAAAGGCACUUGCUGAAUGGAUUGUGGCAGGAACACCAACUAUAGAAAUGUUACCUUUUAAUAUACAACGCUUCUUAGAUCUCCACAACAAUCGACAGUAUUUGCAAAACCGUAUUAGAGAAGUUGUUGGGCGGCAAUACGCCAUUUUGUACCCAAACCAGAGCGAAUACAAAUUUUCACGAAAGCUUCGCUGUUCUCCACUAUAUAGUGUUCUGGAAACACGAGGUGCCGUGUUUGGAACAAAAAUGGCCUACGAAAGAGCGCUGUACUUUGAUACCGACUACAAACGGGGGAAUCCUCCUCCAACAAUGCCACCCGGCAGUUUCUACAAACCAAAAUUUUUCAUAUUUAUGGAAAAAGAGUACUUUGCAUGUGCACAGCAUGUCGGCAUCAUCGAUAUAUCAUCAUUUUCUAAAAUCGAGAUCCAGCCCGGGAUACAAAGUAGUAGUCAUAGGAAUAGUGUUCUAGAUUAUCUACAAAAAAUGUGUGCCAAUGAUGUUAACAUUCAAAUCGGACAUAUCGUGCACAGCGGUAUGCUGAAUGAGCGCGGUGGUUACGAGAACGAUUGUAUGCUUAUACGCCAAAGCGAUGAUCAGUACUUUAUGAUAUCGCCGUCAUCCCAACAGACUAAAAUUUACGAAUGGAUGUCGCGUAAUCUCCCGCGAGAUGACAGCGUUAAACUUAAUGACGUCACAUCGAUGUAUACUGUACUUAACGUUGUGGGACCUAAAUCGACCCAACUUAUGAGUGAACUAUCUAACUCAAAUGUAAAGUUACAACCUUUCACAUAUCGAAAAUUAAAUGUUGGCUUUGCCAGUGAUGUGAUGAUCAUGACUUUUACACACACAGGAAUGCCAGGUUACUGUUUGUAUGUUCCGUCCGAAUAUGCGUUACAUGUUUACGACAGGCUGAUGGCAGUGGGACGCGACUACGGUGCACGAGAUGUUGGUACAUUGACGCAGCGUUUCCUUAGAAUCGACAAGUUCAUCCCAUUUUGGGGCGACGAACUGACUAGUAUGACAACCCCCUUUGAGGCUGGUGUUUUUUACUCAAUUUCCCAAUUGAAGAAAAAAGAGGAUUUCAUAGGAAGAUCUGCCCUCGAAAAACAGAAACAGGAUGGCCUAACAAAACGUUUAGUUCUGUUCCAUCUGGAGGAUAUUGAUGUCGAUAAAGAUGUUUGGCCCUGGGGUGGUGAGCCUAUAUAUCGUAAUGGGGAGUAUUGUGGUACUGUGACGUCUGCCGGAUAUUUUUGUUCGAUUUUUUGCAUCAUCAAUUCUCGUUAUCUUGUCGUAACGUAACGUAACGUGAAGAUUCUUCUAAAAACGUAACGCAAUGUAACAUAAAAAUGCUUCUACUAAAAAGAAGAAAAUUUUUAAAACGGAACAUAAUUAUUUUUACUAUUGAAUUUAGUCAAUUUGGUGGUUCCAUCAAUUUUAUAAGGCUCGUACACAAAUUACGUAACGCUAAUAAUCUAAAUUUCGGACCCUCCCCCCUUCCUAUGUAAAAAUAAGUAACGUUCGAUAUGACUCCCCCUAAAUUACGUAACGCUAAACAACCUGGCCCCCCCCCCCCCCUCCCCACUACAAAUUUGCAAUUUUAAGCAAAUAUCACAGUUACGUAACUAUCUGUAACAAUAACUAACACAGACUCAACCCUUCUUCCCCCGUCAUCUGUUACGUAGUUUGUGACGCCUAAUGGCAGGAAAAAUAAUUAUUACAUGCAAAUUAGCUGAAAUGUUAUGUAGAAUCUAUUGUUAGAAUUAUUAUUGUUCGAAACAUUGUUAUUGGUGUUCUCAAGACUAAUAGUCAAAGCUCAAAUAAUCAAAACGUUCAAAUUUUGUUCGCUUCUGGCUAUUAUAACAAACCGCAUUGAUAACAAACCGACGCGCAAAACUAAUGAAUACCUUUUUCAAAAGCGAGUGUAUAAAAUAUUUGAAUAAUUUCUGUAUUUUGGGAUCUUGGCUUCUAAUUUUUGCUUUGAAUAAAACUGAGAUAUACUCACUAAAAUCACAUGGAGCCGUAGCCGUAGUGUAAGACAGUA